CUAGGCCCAAAAGCACAAUGCAGAAACAGUCCCUGUUUGGGGCCGCUUUAACCGUCCUGGUUGAAUGCUAUGGCAUUCUGGGAAGUGUAGUGUUUGUGAGACAGUUCUCCUUCUCCUUGAGAGAGAGAGAGGGGGGGGGCCUCUGGGGCCACCACGAUCUGCCCUCCCCAGGAUCCCUGGCGCUGAGCCGGGGCAGCCCAAGCGGCCUGAGGCUGGGUUAUUCCCGGGGCGCGUCCGAGGCCUAGUCCGGAGGGCGCCGGGCACACUCUCGCCCAGCAAGCCCUUCUUCCUUCCCCAGGCGGCGGGCGACGAGGAAGCAGCAGCAGCGCCUCCUUGGCCGGCGGAGUUUCCUGCGGAGCGCGCGGCCUUGUGGCGGCCUGGGUUCCUGGGCUGCUGUGAGGCCCGGGCCUUCUCCUCGCUCGGGGCGGCAGCAAGAGCCAUCUCCAUGGCCGGCGCGGCAGGGUCUCCUGCUCCUGGGGCGCUGAACGUGAACGUGGGGGUGCUGGGCCACAUCGACAGCGGGAAGACGGCGCUGGCGCGGGCGCUGAGCUCCGUGGCCUCCACCGCCGCCUUCGACCGGGCCCCGCAGAGCCGCGCCAGGGGCAUCACCCUCGACCUGGGCUUCUCCUGCCUCGUCACCCCGCUCCCCAGGCACCUCGGGCCCCCCACGGGACGCCUCCAGCUCACCCUGGUCGACUGCCCCGGGCACGCCUCCCUCAUCCGCACCAUCAUCGGAGGUGCCCAGAUCAUUGACCUGAUGAUGCUUGUGAUAGAUGUAACAAAAGGGAUGCAGACACAGUCAGCAGAAUGCUUAGUGAUUGGACAGAUUGCAUGCCAGAAAAUGAUAGUGGUUUUGAACAAAAUAGAUCUUCUCCCAGAGGGUAAACGACAGGCUGCCAUUGAGAAGAUGACCAAGAAAAUGCUGAAGACUUUGGAAAAUACUAAGUUUCAUGGAUGUCCUAUAGUUUCUGUUGCUGCAAAACCUGGAGGACCAGAAGCCCCAGAAACUGUGGCUCCAAUAGGAGUUUCUGAACUAAUUGAGGUGCUGAAGUCAGAGGCUUACUUGCCAAAUAGAGAUCCCUCAGGACCUUUCCUCAUGGCUGUUGACCACUGCUUCUCCAUUAAAGGUCAAGGCACUGUGAUGACAGGAACUAUUCUUUCGGGUUCUGUCAGUGUUGGGGACAAUGUGGAGAUUCCUGCCCUGAAGGUGACAAAGAAAGUGAAGUCCAUGCAGAUGUUUCAUACUCCAGUAACCUAUGCCAUGCAGGGUGACAGGGUAGGAAUCUGUGUAACCCAGUUUGACCCAAAGCUGUUGGAACGAGGUUUGAUCUGUACGCCUGAAUCUCUUCAAACAAUUCAUGCGGCCAUCAUCUCUUUAAAGAAAAUUCAAUAUUUCCGAGGUACCCUUCAGACUAAGGCUAAGUUUCAUAUCACAGUGGGCCAUGAAACUGUUAUGGGAAGAGUGAUGUUUUUCAGCCCAGCUCCUGAUGACUUCAAUAAUGAACCCAUGGAGAAUAGUUUUGAUUUUGGCAAGGAAUAUCUUUAUCAAGAAGAAUAUCUUUGGAAAGACUCUAGAUCUUCAGAAGAAAACAAGGAGAAUGACCAGGCUGGAGAAAGACAGAUCCCCAAACAACAAUGGGCCUUACUUGAGUUUGAGAAACCAGUUACUUGUCCUAAAUUGUGCCUUGUUAUUGGCUCAAAACUGGAUACUGAUAUUCAUGCAAACACUUGUAGGUUAGCAUUUCAUGGUGUGCUCCUUCAAGGAAUGGAAGACAAAAAUUAUACAGAGACAUUUCUUCCAAAACUCAAAGUUUACAAGCUGAAACAUAAAGAAGGACAAGUGGAACGGCUCUGUGAUGAUUACAGUGUGAUUGGUCGUUCACUGUUUAAAAAAGAAACCAACAUCCAGAUCUUUGUGGGACUGAAAGUCAAGCUAUCUACAGGAGAAGAAGGCAUAAUAGAAGGUGGUUUUGGACAGAGUGGAAAGUUUAAAAUCCGCAUUCCAGAUGGGGUGAGGCCAGAAACAAAGGCACUUCUGACUGCCAUCUCCAAGAAGAAGCCCAAGGCAGGGAAGGGGGAUACUGCAAAAGAGGAUGAAAGCAACAAGGUUGACUCAAUCCAGCCUGUUCAUAUCACCCUUCUGUUCAAAAGAUAUGUCUUUGAUGCACAGAAGAAAAUGAUUCAGUCUUGAGAAACGUCUGAAGUGUCCUUUAAAGGCUGAACACUAGAAUAACUUGCAAGGCAAUUACUAUGGACAUUCUUGUUGGCCACUGCUGGCCUGAGAUACUGUGAUUUCUGGCUUUACUGUGCUAACCUGCUAUGCUGCAGGUAGAUAGCACCUGUUAAAACUGCUCUUUCGCACAUAAUUCAAAUAUGCCCUCCCUCAUGCUCAUUCUCUCAUACACACAAACACAAUAUUCUAAUCUAUAUUGUAUAUGUAUUGGAUAACAUAUGAACUUCCUCAUAUGUUAUGAUAGUCAGAAAUGAGAAAGUAAAAGGCGAACAUGGCAUGAUCAAACUAAAUGAGGUAUUUAAAUUCCUUUUUAUACAAUAAUCCAAAUGUGGUAUUUGUAAAGCAGGGAUUAUUUUGUAAAUGAGGUUUGUAUCUUGAGCACCAUUUAUAACUGGCUUCAGUGUCAGAACAUCUUUAAGGAUGUACAUAAUUUCAUGGUCGAUAUUGUAAACCUUUGCUGUUUCCAGGGUUCGGAACUGCUUUUGUGUAAUACUUUUGUACAAGCUUUCCAGAUCUGCUGGCUAAUGUUUUCUUCUAGGAAAGCUGAUAAAAUAAGCAACUCAGAGCUACUGUUAAGUAUUGUUGAAAGUGAAUGUUGCUCAGCAUUUCUCAAAGCAUACUGCUAUCAUCAAACUAUCAUAUUAUGAGAAUUAAAACAAAAACAAGAAAUGG